AUGACUCUCCCUGCCACUCACGCAGUUGUGGUCGUCGCCGUCGCCGUCGCCGUCGGCGGUGGUGUCACAGUGGCCGUGUCUGUCGUUGUGUCCGUCGCGUCCGUCGGCCCGACAUACCCAUCGCCGCCGUCGGUCGGGUCUGGCGUAAAGAAUGGAAACGAAAAAUCGCUCGUGUCCGGCGGCGGCGGGUUCGGGUCCGUCACCGUCAGCGUCACCUGCCACGUCGCCGUCGACUUGGCGUGCAGCGUCGUGCUCUUGCCGUUGGAGCUCGUGCGCCGGUGUUCAAUCGUGCCCGUCGACACAAUCGUCUCCGUGAUGGUCGCCGGGUACGCCGUGACCGGCCCCGGAAUGUACGUCGUCUCGCUGCGCGUCGUGAUCAUGGAGAUGAGGGACAGCAGCGUGCCCGGCGGAUGCGAGAUGGCGGUCACGGUGGUCGUCAGAAACUGGGUCGACGUCGAGGGGAACCCCGUCGUGGUGGCGUUGACAUUGGCCACACCACCGCUGCCGGCUGUCCCGUUGAUGCCGGCCGAGGACGUGGCGUUGGGCUCCAAGUAG